GACCGCGUGUUUGCUCGCCAGCGAACUGUGGCAGCGAGCGACUCUACAGUCUCUACACUGUCGAGUAAGAUCGGGAAUACUCGACCGGUGAACGGCGCCCGUGCUGGGGGUCUAUCGACACUCGCCGUGCCGAAACUAAAUACGAAAACCGCGAUGUGUCAAACAAUAAACAGAAACAAGUGAAUAAGUGAAAAAAACAAAAUAUUCGAAAUAGUAACGAACCUCAUUGAAGAUGGCUUUACGUCUACGAGUUUUGUGCGGUGGUGUUUUAUUAUUGUGCAUUUUACACAGUGCCGCUAAUUUCAAUCUAGAACCGAGAAUCCCUGUAAUAAAAUUCGGAGAAACUGGUUCGUACUUUGGAUUUUCCGUUGCCGAGCAUCUCACCAUUGAGGAUGGCGGGAAAACGACAAGCUGGUUAUUAGUCGGAGCUCCGCUGGGCCAAAACCUCCAACCCAACACCAGAAAAUCUGGUGCCCUAUGGAAAUGCGCUCUCACACCAGCCGUGCGAGACUGCGAGCAAGUCGUAACCGAUGGCAUGAGAACGAAGUACGGCAAAAUAAGGACCAGUAUUGGCUUGGAAUCAACAAAUGUGAACCUGACUAGCCCUUACCCCGAUGAGAUCAAGGAAGGCCAGUGGCUCGGCGUCUCUGUGAGGAGCCAAGGCCCAGGCAAAAAAGCUGUUGUAUGCGCUCAUAGAUACAUUCGCAAGGUUGGCGAGUCCCAAUUAGGUCAAGGAUUAUGUUAUAUGCUAAACAACCAGCUUCGGUUAGCUGACAUUUGGGAGCCUUGCAAGGGAAGAUCUGUUGUCAGGGAGCACGAGGACUUUGGGUUCUGCCAAGUUGGUACUAGCAGUUCCUUUCUAGAAGACGACACAAUUUUGAUGGGCAGUCCCGGUCCCUACACAUGGAGGGGCACAGUCUUCGCUCAAGAUGCCAAUGAUGAUGUACUGGGUCGUGACAACAUUGUCUACAUGGCGCCGGUAGCUGACGGUGCUAGCCCCGUAGAGAAAUAUAGUUAUUUAGGUAUGUCUGUGACUGGAGCGAAUUUCUUCGUGGACAAACCUUCAUACGCGGCGGGAGCACCGCGCGCCUCGGGCACCGGCCAAGUUGUCAUCUUCAGCAAACCCAUUAUAAAAGAUUGGACACGCACCGACAUAGAUAUCCUCAAGGUCGCGUUGAUCUUCAAAGGCGAGCAGUUUGGCUCUAGCUUCGGAUAUGAAGUUGCUUCUGCUGAUGUCAAUGGUGACGGUCUACCAGAUCUUCUAGUAGGAGCUCCCUUCUACUUCUCCCGUGACGUCGGUGGGGCUGUGUAUUUGUACUUAAAUAAUAACUUCAAUUUCACAUCAAAAUACGACGUCAAACUAACUGGUGAACCUGAAUCACAGUUCGGUAUCACAAUUGCAAAUGCAGGUGAUCUAAAUAAGGAUGGCUGUGAAGAUGUGGCUAUCGGCAGUCCUUAUGAAGGACAAGGCGUAGUAUACAUUCACAUGGGGGACAGAAAAAGUGGUCUUAAUUCAAAACCGGAUCAAGUUAUUAGAGCAGAAUCUUUGCCGAUGACUUUGAGAACAUUCGGUUAUUCUUUGUCUGGUGGUGUCGAUUUAGAUGGUAACGGCUACCCUGAUCUACUUGUUGGUGCUUAUGAAAAUAGUAGCGUCGCACUCAUUCGUACUAGACCUAUCAUCGAUAUCAAAACUUCAGUACAUCCAUCAAACACCAUUAUGAACGUCGAUCCAAGUGUACGCGGUUGUGAGAAAGAUCCUAUGGCUAAUUACACAUGCUUCCAUUUCCAAGCAUGCUGCAUCAUCGAAUCUCUCGUCAGAUCGACUAAAACCAAUGUUCAUACAUUGAACUACGUUAUUGAAGCCGAAACAUUCCCUGGUGGGCGAAAGUAUUCGAGAGUAUUCUUCGAUAGCGAGAAAUCAAAUAUUAUCAAUAACACCAUACGUUUGAGCAAAGAUGUGGAAGAUUGCAGAGAACACAUCGUGUAUCUGAAGAAUAAUACUAGAGACAUACAGACUCCGAUAAAGUUCCAAGUGACGUACACUCUAGAACACGAUCGCCCUCGAUACUCCACCAUAGGCCAGCUGCCCAACAUUGACGACUACCCAGUUCUUAACGCUACAGCCACGACAACCUUCAGCGCCAACUUCUUGAACGACUGUGGAGUCGACGGCAUUUGCGUUAGCGAUUUGGUGGUCAAUCCAGUACUGCAAUUGCCUAAAGCUGAAGGAAACAAAGCGUAUGCUUUGACUUUAGGUCAAGAGGAAGAGAUCAGACUUUCAAUUUUAGUGGAUAACUACGGUGAAUCAGCUUACGAGACACAAUUAUUUGUACAGCAUCACGCUAGUCUUCAUUAUAUAGCUGUUAAUAUAAGUGAUAAACACGUGAUUUGCACGAGCUUGAACAAAACUGUGGUCUCGUGCCUCCUAGAGAAUCCAUUUAAGAAACAACCUGAUGGUACUCCUCCGAUAACGAUGCGAUUCGACGCUAGAGCUCUAGAAGACAACGAACCUUCCGUAGUGUUCAAUGUGUGGGCCAAUUCCACCUCUAAAGAGUUGUAUCCUGGCAAGAUACCCGCGAAAGUGGAAGCGCUAGUGAUUAAGAACGCUGAAUUGCUGAUCAAAGGCGCUGCGAGACCUGAGCAGGUGUUCUAUGGCGGCGAGGUGAAAGGGGAAUCCGCUAUGACUCACUUCGAUGAUAUCGGAACCAGAGUCAUUCAUACAUAUCAGGUAUUCAAUGAGGGUCCAUGGCGAGUGUCCUCCGUCCAAGUGGUGAUAUCCUGGCCGCACCAGGUGGCGUCAGAAAACGCGCAGGGCAAAUGGCUUCUCUAUCCAGAAGAUGUUCCCACUGUUGAUGGUGAAGGACAAAGUAACGGCGAAUGUUUUAUAUCAGAAAAUCAGAUAAAUCCUCUCAAGUUGACUCAAAGGCCUGGUGUUCCCGAGCCAUACUUGGAGAAUCUUGAGAUGGAUCCAUUCCUUAGGACCGGGAAACUCAGCGUCAGCUCAAACGAGAAGCAACAUAACGAAACUAAGAAAACGUACGAAUACUCUAGUGGUAUAGAAAACAAAGUAAGAAGGAAACGAGAGAACGAUAUCGUUAAAGCAGAAGCGUAUACAGACAAGGAUGGUCAACGUAAGCAAGUGGUCAAUAUGAACUGCCAGAAGAAGACGGCGAAGUGCAUCCAGUUCCAGUGCGUGAUCUACCGUUUGGGGCGAAUGCAGGCAACCACUAUCACUGUGAAGGCGCGUCUGUGGAACGCCACUCUAGUGGAGGACUAUCCACGCGUCGGCCACGUCAAUAUAGCGUCUUCCGCCUACAUCCUGGUGCCGGAACACUACAACCUGCACCAGAACAAGCACCACGACGACUCCACCACGGUGGAGACCGUCGCUUAUCCAGACUUGAAGAUAAGUGAGCCAACAGAUGUCCCAUUAUGGGUGAUCAUCUUAUCAGUGAUCAUCGGACUAAUAGUGCUAAUAUUACUGAUAAUAGCGUUAUGGAGACUCGGUUUCUUUAAGAGAAGCAGACCGGAUCCGACAUUGUCGGGAAAUCUGGAGAAGAACAAUCACGAGUCUUCCCCGUUCAUAGUGAGGGACCGGAACAAUAUUCGAUAGCUAGAGUACUUUAUGGUCAGAAGUGACAGUGGACUACAGUGCGAAAGAUUUUGAUUAGUGACAAAAUUAAAAUCGUCUGGUGACAAAAGAAGAAAUAAGAUUUUGACGAUUGACAAAAUUGUUUUGUUUGUAUUUGCCUGGUGACAAAAUGAUACAAAUUGUGAUCUUACUUAACUUAUUCUGAAGUCGUAUUUCAUUUUGUUAUUUUAGUUUUGCACUAAUUUAAGAAACCUUAUCAAAAAAGUUAUCAUCUCUUCAGAUGAUGUCAUAAAUCGUGUUUUUUGAAAAGGUUUUUAUCCCAUGUUGUGUUUUAAGGUUAUCAAGGCGAUGGCGAUGUGUUGGAUAGAUAAAUUAUGAAAAUAUAUUUUUUGACUGUGAUGUCUUCAUAGAGGAAAAAAUGUGUGCUUAUGUGAUGUUUUAAACGGUUAACAUGUAUAAGUGUUUUGUUGAAUUUGCACGAGUCCUUUUUUAUGAAUAAGAAAUUUUAUUAAUUAUUAUUUUUUCUAUUUGCAUUUCUUUAUUAGUAUUAGGUAGGUAUAUUAUGAGCUAUGUGAGUUUGUGUUUAGGGUCCUGUGUGCCCAAAGGGUGCGAACGUAAAGUUAUCACUAGGUAGUCUAUUCUGAACGUUCGUAAAGGCAGUUUCAGUGGUAAUAAUGUUUAUACAUUUUUAUAGGGAAAAUGGCAUGUCCGUCAGGUAAAUCAUCAAAAAAUAAUGGACACGUAUUUUUCUUUGACAAUCAACCAGAAAAUUACAAACAAAAAGCCGCGCAAAGUUUGAAAGUGGGCGCUCGUGACGUAACUUCUGCGUAAAAUUUUUACCCAAACAUGACGUUAUGCGACGAUUUAAAUCAAUAUAAUGUAAUGUUAUGAUGUGGAUAAGGAAAAAAUACGUGUCCAA